AUGGAAGGGCGCGCCUUUCUGAAAGAAAGUGUCAUUGCUAAAAUCAAAGCUUGGUUUAAUAUCGUCAAUCAAGCUCACGCCAAUAUCCAGAAGACAGCAGGCUUUGUUCCAAAGAAGAAAAUCUCCUGUGAGGUUGGAUGGAAACCGCCAGUGGAAGGAUGGAUUCAACUCCAAUCUGAUGGAUCUGUUCGAGCUCCGAAUGGCAAUGCAGCAGCAGGAGGUCUGUUCAGGGAUCACUUAGGCAGAUGUCUGGGAGCCUAUGUGUGUAAUCUUGGACGAUGCUCUAUCACAGAUGCAGAACUUCGAGGAGCUUUGGAGGGUUUGAGGAUUGCGUGGAAGGCAGGUUACAGGAAGAACGUUUUACACAGCGAUUCCACCACUGCCAUUAACAUCAUUGAACACAGGAAUGAUGAUGUGCAUCGCCAUGGUUCUACUGCCAGGCACUUGAGCUGUAUUUUGGAUCAACAAUGGGAGGUUAGAGUGUCCCAUGUAUAUAGAGAAGCGAACUAUGCGACUGAUUACUUGGCCAACAAGGCUCAUGAUUUUGAUUUUGGCACACAUCAAUUCAAUGUGUGUGAUAGGGGUUUGGUUAGUUGGAUCAACCAUGAUGUAAUGGGAACUUCCCACGAAAGAUUUAUUGUUAAUAUGAUUUAG